AUGAAUCUUUACAGCUCACAUUGCCUAAAAUUGCUGGAAUAUUUUUACUUUCAUUUUUCAUCGCUACCUGAAGCUUAUGAUCUAUCAAUUAAGGCCCAAAAGAAUGUAAAACAACAGGCUAGAGAAAGGACACAAAAACUUCUCCUCCUAGCUCAAAUUAUGCCCUCUACUUUUACAUUCAGAAAUUUAGACGCACAACAGCUCUUCUUUCUCAGUCAAUAUUUUACUGAAAUUUGCAUUUAUGAUCCUAAUGACAUUAUUCUUCAUUCUUUCUUUGCAAUAAACUUUUUGUCAACCGCCCACAAACGAAAGAAAGAAAAAGUGAAAAAGGAAAAUAAAAUUUUACAACCUACCUAG